UCUGCUCCACGCCGACUCCCUGCAGAGGACGCACCAGGUGGCACUGGCGCUGCAGCAGAGGGCGGAGCUUCUGGUCAGGUCCGGUCACUAUGACCCGGAUGCAGUGAGGUCCUGUGCCCAGACGGUGGCGCUGCACUGGCAGACUCUGAUGCUGAGGAUCGAAGACAGACUCAAGCUGGUCAACGCCUCUGCAGCCUUCUACAGGACGUCCCAGCAGGUGUGCGGGGUGCUGGAGAGCCUGGAGCAGGAGUACCGCAGGGAGGAGGACUGGUGCGGCGGUGGUGAGCGACAGCCGGAGCUCCUCCUGCCACUGGUCAGCAAGCACAUGGAGCAGAAGGAGGCGUUCCUGAAGGCCUGCACGCUGGCCCGGAGGAACGCCGAGGUCUUCCUCAAGUACAUCCACCGCAACAGCGUCACCAUGGCAAACAUCUCUGGCCACAGCGUGCCAGGGGUCGCCGAGGUCACGGGUCACUCCAGGGUGCCGGAGCAGCAGGUUAAAGGUAUCCUCAGCGAGCUGCUGCAGAGGGAGAACCGAGUCCUGCACUUCUGGACCCUGAAGAAGCGUCGGCUGGACCAAUGCCAGCAGUACCUGAUGUUCCAGAACCACGGACAACAGGCUCUGGAUUGGCUGCAGCAGUCAGGUGACCGCUACCUGGCCACGCACACGUCGCCGGGGACAACGGCGGCUGAGACGCAAGAACUGCUGAACCAACACAGAGAGUUCUGUGUGUCGGCCAAGCACACCCAGGAGAAGGUCCACCUCCUCAUCCAGCUGGCUGAGAGCAUGCUGGCGAAGGGACACGCCCACCGAACCGAGCUCCGCCGCUGCGUCUCCGCGGUGGACAAACGGUACCGAGACUUCACCGCGAGGAUGACUCAGUACCGCCACCUGCUGGAGGGGGCGCUGGGAGGCUGCUCGCAGAACAAUAAGGACUUGGAGUUGGAGCUGACCCCCAACAGUCUGUCGGACUCGGACCCCGAGGUCAACCUCUCUGACCCGAGUCACCAGGUCAGCGACGAGAAGCGGCGUUCCGCCCGCAAGAAAGAGUACAUCAUGGCUGAGCUGCUCCAGACCGAGAGGGUCUACGUGAGAGACCUGCAGGAGUGUAUUGAGACGUACCUGUGGGAAAUGACAAGUGGCUCAGAGGACGUCCCACCUGGUCUCAGGACCAAGGACGACAUUGUGUUUGGAAACAUCCAGGACAUCUACGAGUUCCACAACAGUAUUUUCCUGAAGGAGUUAGAAAACUACGAGCAGCUCCCUGAGGACGUGGGACACUGCUUCGUUACCUGGGCGGAUAAGUUCCACAUGUACGUCACCUACUGCAGAAACAAACCCGACUCCAGCCUCCUGAUCCAGCAGCACGGCGUCGGGUUCUUUGAGGAGGUCCAAAGGAGACACGGACUCACUAACUCCGUCUCCUCGGCUCUGAUCAAACCCGUUCAGAGGAUCACUAAAUACCAGCUGCUGCUCAAGGAGUUGUUGGCGUGCUGCGAGGAGGGAAAAGGAGAAAUAAAAGAAGGCCUGGACGUGAUGCUGAGCGUCCCGAAGAGAGCCAACGACGCUAUGCAUGUUAGCAUGCUGGAAGGUCUGGAGGAGGGUCUGGAGGUGCAGGGCGAGCUCCUCCUCCAGGACUCCUUCUUGGUUUGGGAGCCCAAGUCCCUGAUCAGGAAGGGGCGGGACCGGCACCUCUUCCUGUUCGAGCUGUCACUCAUCUUCAGCAAGGAGAUCAAGGACUCGUCGGGGCGAGCCAAAUAUCUCUACAAGAGCAGACUGAGGACCUCGGAGCUCGGGGUGACGGAGCACAUCGAGGGGGAUCCCUGCAAGUUUGCUCUGUGGGUCGGACGGACGCCGACGUCUGACAACAAGACCGUCUUGAAGGCGGCCUCGCUGGAGCUGAAGCAGGAAUGGGUCCGCAGCAUCCGACAGGUGAUCCAGGAGAGGCGGGGCCACCUGCGCGGGGCUCUCAGGGAGCCCAUCCCGCUCCCCAAAACGCCCAACCCCACCCUGGCGCGCCAGCGCAGCAUCAGCCGCAGGUCAGACACACGGGAGACCAGCGAGGACGCAGACAGCCUGGGAGACGCCAGCAGUCAGCCAGACACCGUCUCCAUCGCCUCCAGGACGUCCCAGAACACCGCCGACAGUGACAAGCUGUCGGGGGGGUGCGAGUUAGUGGUGGUUCUGUUGGACUUUGCCUCCGGUGGACCGGGAGAGCUCGGUGUCCGCUGCGGUCAGACAGUGGAGCUGGUGGAGCGCUCGGCCGAACGGCCCGGGUGGUGUCUGGCCAGGACGACAGAUCAAACGACCCAGCAGGAGGGUCUACUGCCCAUGAGCGCCCUCUGUCUAUCACACUCCCACAGUGCAGCCGACAUGGAGGGCCUCAUCCCAGCCUCCACCACCUCCACCUCUUCUACGAGCACCACCACCUCCUCCUUCAACUCCUCCACCACCACCACCCCCUUAUCAUCCAACGCCUCCAACUCCUCAACUAAUGCUGUGAAGGAUUCCAGUCUGUUCGUAUCCGACGGACUCCAGACGUCCGGUCAGAGCGCUACCUGCCCUGCGGCCUUCGGAGUGGGCGGAGCUCCAGCUGGCGGCGUCGGCUCCCCGGGUCCCAAACGUAGCGGCUCCGGAACCGGAAACACCCUGAAGCGCUGGCUGACCAGUCCCGUCCGGAGGCUGAGUCAGGGCAAAGCCGAUGGACAGAAGAAACCUCCAAUCAGAACCAGGAGGCGAGACAACCGGCUGGAGCUGACCACGCCCCUCAGCGGCAACGUGCCGACGAAGGCGAGGAAGGACGAGGCGGGGCAAAGCGGAGGGGAGGAGGAGCCAGAGGAGGAAAACCACACCCCUUUGCCUCCACCCAUGCAGAUCAUCAAAGACCCAAACAACCCCGAGGCUCUGGACUCGGAUCAGGGCUCCAACGAGUCGGACACGGAGACGAGGGACAAAGCUCUGCGGGGACGAAUGUUCGUGGUGAACGAGAUGAUCCAGUCGGAGAAGGACUACGUGAAGGACCUGGCCGUGAUCGUGGAGGGCUUCAUGUCCAGACUGGAGGUCCGAGGGAUCCCGGAGGACAUGAGAGGAAAAGACAAGAUGGUCUUCGGAAACAUCCAGCAGAUCUACGACUGGCACCGCGACUUCUUCCUGGUGGAGCUGGAACGAUGUGCUGAGAACCACGAGCUGCUGGCCGACCUCUUCAUCAGACACGAGCGUCGCCUCCACAUGUACGUUGUUUACUGUCAGAACAAACCGAGGUCAGAGGUCAUCGUCAUCGAGUAUGACAACUUCUUCGAGGACAUCCAGCAUGAGAUCAGCUGCAGGAUGUCUAUCAGUGAUUAUCUGAUCAAACCCAUCCAGAGAAUCACCAAGUACCAGCUGCUGCUGAAGGAUUUCCUCAAGUAUUCGUCCAAAGGGGGACUCGCCUGUGACGAGCUGGAG